AUGAAGUCUGAAAACCAAACAGAAUUCCAUUUCCACCCCUUCUCAACGCUGCCUGAGAUACAGUUGGCCAUCUUCCUGCUCCUUCUCUUGCUCUACGUACUCAGUCUCUGCGGGAACGGUGCUGUGCUGCUUAUUGUGCAGAUUGACCAUUCUCUUCAUAGCCCCAUGUUUUUUUUCUUAGGCAACCUCUCUGCUCUGGAGAUCUGCUACUCUUCUGCCAUUGCCCCACUGGCCUUGGUCAAUCUCCUCUCCCAGAAAAAUGCCACCAUCUCCAUAAGCGGCUGUGGAACGCAGAUGUUCUUCUUUAUUUUCCUAGGAGGAGCAGACUGUGUCCUGCUGGCAUUCAUGGCGUAUGAUCGCUAUGUGGCCAUUUGCCAUCCAUUGCAUUACAAACUCAUCAUGAGCCAAAGAGUCUGUGGAAGCCUGGCUGCUGCAUCCUUUACAUUGGGAUUCUUGUUGUCCCUACAGCUGACCAUUCUUAUUUUCCGCCUUCCUUUCUGUGGCAACAAUGAAAUCAAUCACUUCUUCUGUGAUAUUCCAGCCAUCCUGAGGUUGGCUUGUGGUGACACUCAUGUCCACCAGGUGUACGUCUUCAUUUGUAGUGUCCUAGUCCUGACGGUACCCUUCCUUCUUAUCUGUAUCUCCUAUGCCUUCAUCCUGGUGGCUGUUUUGGAAAUUCACUCUUCCAAAAGCCAGCAACGAGCCUUUUCCACUUGCUGUUCCCACCUGAUGGUUGUCCUCUUGCAGUAUGGUUGUUGCAGUUUCAUUUAUCUUCGCCCCAACUCCAUCUACUCACCAGAGGAAGGGCGGGUGAUGUCUGUGAUCUACACCUUCGUUACUCCUUUGCUGAACCCUAUGAUUUAUAGCAUAAGAAACAGGGAACUGAGGGAAGCACUCCACAGAGCCUUGAGAAGAAGAGCGCUUUCCCAGGAAAAAUGA